AUGGAGUACUUGCACUACCCGGUUCAGUUCGGCAAGGGGACUGGAACGCGAGAACAGAUGUUCUGGCUUUGCGGCAUUGUGUUCGUGCAGGCCCUUCUGACAGUUGCUCGCCUGAUCUACCUUUUCGACACGCUCGGAGGCUUCUUGAUGGGAGUCGUCGCGUUUAUUGGAUGGUACUGUGCCAAAAAAGGCAUGGACAUCACUCUGACCAGCCUGUGGGGCCUAGCGAGCGGACUCCUUUUCAUAUACGACUUCUUCGGCGCCCUUACAGGUGCAGUUGUGAACACCUUCAAGCUCGACUUCGUCAGAGUUGCAGUCCUGCUUGCCCUUCCACUCACUGACUUUCUGGCUGCUAGCUUCGGGUGGGAGCUCUUCAAGGAACAUGAGCGGAACGGAGGACUUCUCAAGCCGAUCUUCGCGGGCGGACAGGCCGUACCUGCAAAGCGGAUGGACGAAGAGCAGGGCAUCACCAAGCCGAAGCUCGAUAUAUGGAAGGGGACAGAGGGUACGGCGCCGUACCCGCCGCACGCACCUUACGGCUAUCCCGGGACCGGAAACUUUGCCGGGCAGGAGAUGCAGAAUGCGGCCGAUGGCUUUGUUAAGCCAACAACCCGACAUGAGAGCAAUGUCUGUUUCUAG